UUUAGGAUAGGAGAAAUGGGUUUGCUUGUUAGAGUAGCAACCACUGCGAUCCCAUUCUCUUCUUCUAAGCUCUCCACCAAAAUGAGUUUCCCCCAUAAAACAACCAUUGCUUCAGCUUCUGCUUCUGCUUCUGCUUCUGCUUCCUCCACUAACUCUAACAAUGGUAGAAAACUUCCGAUUCUUCUUUUCGAUAUAAUGGAUACAAUCGUUCGCGACCCUUUUUACCAUGACAUCCCUUCUUUCUUUGGGAUGUCGUUUGAGGAAUUGAUAGAAAGCAAGGACCCAACUGCUUGGAUAGAGUUUGAAAAGGGGAUUAUCGAUGAGAUUGAGCUGUCCAAAAAAUUCUUCAAAGAUGGAAGACCUUUUGAUUUGGAAGGACUAAAAAAUUGUAUGAGGGGAGGCUAUUCCUACAUAGAUGGUGUUGAAGAGCUGCUUAAUGAUUUAAAACAAAACAACCAUGAGAUGCAUGCUUUUACAAAUUAUCCCAUCUGGCAUACAAUAAUUGAGGAGAAGCUACACAUUUCAAAGUACUUAUCGUGGACAUUUUGUUCAUAUCUAUAUGGGAAGAGAAAGCCUGAUCUUGAUUUCUAUUUGGAAGUGCUGACACACCUUAAAGUUGAUCCAACAAGCUGUAUCUUUGUUGACGACAGGUUGAAAAACGUGGAAGCUGCAGCUGAAGUUGGGAUAGUUGGCCUACAUUUCAAAAAUGCCAAGCUACUGCGAGAAGAUCUCUCUCGGAUCUCAGUGUUAUAGGACAUCACAAACCACAAGAUUAGCCUAUAUCUUGUGUCACGAUGAAUCACUUUUCACUUCAUCGCCUGAAAAUCACCAUCUCAUUUUUCUCACUGUUUAUAUGCCAUGAUUACCAUUGUUAUUGUUCAACAGAAACAAACAUAACUGCGUGAUAGGCAAGGUUCCAAAGGACAGAUUUUUACUUUCUUAUUAAUUUAUAUCAAAUGAACGUAAAAAGUUAUCAUGACUUUGAUAAGAUCGACAAAGAUGUUCCAUAUCAUGAAGAAAAAGAGCAUGAGCGUCGUUCUCAAGUGCCAUCUACCGAUAUUCCUCUUGUUAAUCAAGUAUUUGCCAUUUGAAAGGUUAUAAUGCUCCCCGGCAAGUAAGUUUUUCAACUGGCUUUUUGGCUUUUCAUCUAGUCUCAUUUGUAAAGUCCAUUCAUAAACUACUCGAGAAAGUUAUGACUUAGCUGAUAAAAUACAGUUUCUUUCGUGUUUGUAGAUAAAUCUAGUCAAACAUACACUUGCCCACUUUUGAAUAAUGAGUAAGAAAUAUGUCAUGUAAUAUGGAAUUGAAUUUUCAAUAUGAUUGUGGGUUAUCUGGAAAA